AUGUGAGUGUGCCCUGGGAUGGGUUGGCACUCUGUCCAGGGUGUAUCCUGCCUCGAUGCCCGAUGACACCUGAGAUAGGCACCCAAGAAGUUCGGAUAAGCGGUAGAAAAUGAAUGAAUGAACUUGCAACCCUCAUCUUGGCACUGAAAGGAAGUUUUUGACGUCAUAUUCGCUGUCUCUUUCUCUGACCUGUGUUCAAGGGUAACUGUUAAUUCAGGUGGAUUAGAGAUCAAAUCCAUAGCUGGAUUGUAGCCUUUGAUAUCUGUGCUCAUGAACAAACAGCAUGUCCAGUUUUGUCCAUGUCAGUCUCAAUUAAAAUCUGCCAUUUGUUUUCCUCCUCUAAUUAAAACACCAAGACAAACAUGGGGUCCAGAAAGGACUAUUCUUUAUUACAGGAGUUGCUAUUCAACUUAUCAUUGCAACAGGAAAUGGCAAGAAUUUAGAGAAAGUGUGCAGUGAAUAUUUUCUGACACUGGAGACUCCUUUAUAUCCAUAAACCUUCUAUCCAAUCAGUGUUGAGAACAGCAUAACAUUUACAUAGUUUUGAUGAUUUGAACAAAUCUGGCUUUGAAGUGUAUGUAGGGAAAUAAAUGUAUAAAAGUGGACAAUAUUCAUGUUAAUAAAGGUUCGUUCUUUUCUUAUUUUUCUUUUUUUCAGUGUAUUUUCUGAACAAAAGGAGGCGGUGGAGCGAUUGCUUUAUUGAUGUCAUUAUUAUUAUUAUUAUUAUUAUUAUUAUUAUUAUUAUUUUGGUUUGUCUUCGUAUGUGAUGAUAUAUUUGAAGGUAGUUUAUUCGUUUGUUAUCAAACCUGCACGUUUUCUUAUCCGAGUUAUUUUUGAGUGUAUUUUUGGAUCUGUCCUGAGUUCUGAUCUGGAUUUAGUUAUUAGCGCUUUAUUAGCAGGAUUAAGCCUUCACAGUGCCGUGAUCCUACGGUUUGUCUUCACCUGUCAUGGAUAAGAACCUGUUCUGUGUGUGUGUGUGUGUGUGUGUGUGUGUGUGUGUGUGUGUGUGUGUGUGUGUGUGUGUGUGUGUGUGAGACGCCUAAUAAAUCUCUCUCCGUCUGUCGUCCGGUACGUUUUCCACCAUGUCUGAUGCAGAGCAAGAGCUGGAGGAACAAGCGGAAGGUGAGAACUUGUGUUCUAAGGUGUUUUAUUGUCAGUGCUGAAGUUCAGACUGAACGAAUAUUUACUGCUGUUUGUACAUAUAGAGGAGGAGGAUGGACACGCAGAUGGAGAAGAGGAGCGGCCCAAACACAAAUUAACACACUCUCAACACACUACUCCGAAAAUCCCAGACGGAGAGCGAGUGGACUUCGAUGUAAGAUAUUGCAUCACGAGAUUAAUCACAUAUACACACAUGAUUUUCUCCAUACACUCAGUGUGUGUGUGCAGGACAUCCACAGGAAGCGGAUGGAGAAGGACCUGCUGGAGCUGCAGACACUGAUCGAAGUCCACUUUGUCCAGAGGAAGAGAGAAGAGGAGGAUCUGAUUGCGUUGAAAGAGAGAAUUGAAAACCGCAGGGCAGCGCGAGCCGAGCAGCAGAGGGUUCGAGCAGAGAGAGAGAGAGUCAGACAGACGAAGAUUGUGGAAGAGCGACAGAGGAAGGAGGAAGAGGAGGCAAGAAGGCGGGCUGACGAGGAGGCGAAGAAGAAGAAGGUCCUUUCCAACAUAAGCGCUCAUUUCGGAGGGUUCCUGGCGAAGGCGGAGCAGCGGAGACGAGGGAAAAGACAAACAGGACGAGAGAUCAAGAGGAAGACUCUAGCAGAGAGACGCAAACCUCUUGCUAUUGACGACCUGAGAGAGGACGGCCUGAGAGAGCGGGCUAGAGAGAUGUGGGAGCGGAUCUACCAGCUGGAGUCUGAGAAGUUCGACCUCACUGAGAAGAUGAGGAGACAGAAAUACGAGACCGUCGUUCUUCUCAACCGCAUCUCCCACGCUCAGAAAUUUAAGAAGGGGACCGGAGGCAAGGGCAAAGUAGGAGGGCGCUGGAAGUGAAGACUCUCGGACGAACAUGAUCGAAAUAAUCUGAGCUGUUGUUGUACGUUUGCUUGUCUGUAGUCGUUUUAGAGGAAUAAAAUGUUAACGUUC